GGAACAUCACUAGGAAGUUUUUCAUAAUAAUAUUUUUUCUUCAUUCAACUCACAUUCUUGUUUCAUUGACGUUCCGCUUGUUUGUAAAUAAUAACCGCUGGAAAUAGUACGCAAUGUGAAAUACACGCAUUCCUCAACCGCAAGUGUACAUUACGUAAACUUUUGCUACGGAUAAACUAAUCCGUAAUUUGGUUAAUAUAAGUCUAACCUAUUCCUAUAAAAUUCUAAGAAAAAAUUCAUUAUUUAAUGUGAAAUGUGAUUAAAAAAUGCCGCCGUUUAGAAGAAAGAAGGCCUCUAAAUCAUUCCCAGUUAAAGUGUGUACCUUAGACGCUGAGUUGGAAUUUAAUUUAGAGUGGCGAGCUACUGGAAGAGAUUUGUUUGAUCUUGUAUGUAGGACUAUAGGACUAAGGGAAACAUGGUUUUUUGGCCUUCAGUUCGAGGAUACAAAACAUUUUAUCAGUUGGCUGAAAUUGGAUAAGAGAGUCCAAGAUCAAUGUGUCUCUCAAAUGCCAGGCACUCCAUUUAUGCUAUUGUGCAAGCUUUAUCCUGAAGAUGUUGCUGAAGAACUUAUUCAGGAGGUCACACAACACCUGUUGUUUUUGCAAGUAAAGCAGGCUAUAUUAAGUAUGGAUAUAUAUUGUCCGCCAGAAGCAUCAGUUUUGUUAGCUAGUUAUGCUGUUCAGGCUAAGUAUGGGGACUAUGAUGAAAGUGCUUAUAAGCCAGGUAUGCUUGCCAGUGAAGAUCUUCUGCCUCAGCGCGUCAUCGAUCAGUAUCAGAUGACCCCUGAGAUGUGGGAGGAAAGGAUUAAAAUAUGGUAUGCAGAUCACAAAGGUAUGUCUAGAGAUGAAGCGGAAAUGGAAUAUCUCAAAAUAGCCCAAGAUCUGGAUAUGUAUGGAGUUAAUUAUUUUGCUAUAAAUAAUAAAAAAGACACAGAUCUCUAUCUAGGUGUCACAGCUCUAGGUUUAAACAUAUAUGAAAAGGACAAUAAACUCCAACCAAAAACUACCUUCCCAUGGUCAGAGAUCAAACAUAUUUCAUUUGACGAUAAGAAAUUCGUUAUCAAAUUCGUCGAUAAAUCAGCAAAUAACUUCAUUUUUUUCUCGCCAAAAGGAAUGAAUAAAUUGAUAUUAGACCUGUGCAUCGGUAACCAUGACUUAUACAUGCGCCGGCGCAAGCCAGAUACUAUGGAAGUGCAACAGAUGAAAGCUCAGGCCAAGGAGGAGAAAGUGCGUCGACAAGUAGAACGCAAUAAAUUGGCUCGCGAGAAACAACUGAGGGAGGCAGCGGAAAGGGAAAGGGCCGCGAUGGAACAGAGAUUGUUGCAGUACCAAGAGGAGAUUCGUCUUGCUAAUGAAGCUUUGCGUCGUUCAGAAGAAACAGCAGAGCUGUUAGCUGAGAAGGGAAGAGUGGCGGAAGAAGAGGCAUCUCUUCUAGCACAGAAGGCGGCUGAUGCUGAAAGGGAUAAUGCUCGAUUGAGGUUGUCUAACAUACGGACUGAAGAGGAAAAGGUACAUUUAGAAAGAAAGACCCGCGAAGCAGAAUUCCUAACAGCGCGUUUAGUGGAGGAAUCAGAGAAACGUGCGGCAGAAGCCGAGAGACUCAAAUCCGAAUUACUAGCGGCGAGAGUAGCGGAAAAACAAGCGAAGGAGAAACUACUAAACUUCCUUAGUAGAACUUCUACUGGGUCAUUACCGCCGCCAUCAACCGUUCCAUCUUCUCUCUUCCCGUCAACGUGCUCUCUCCCGGCUGAGUUGAGUUGUGAUGGCGUCGGAGUCCUACAGAAUGGAAGCUCCACGCCACCGGAGCCCGAGUUGAAUUCCUACCAACUACUCCCUGAUGACUCGGAUCCGCAUAUCCAUCGGCUGUCGUUGGAGAUUGAGAAGGAAAGGGUGGAAUACCUCGCAAAGUCCAAGCAUCUCCAACAGCAGUUGGACGAACUGCGUUGUGAAUUCUCGGUUUUAAGAGUGGAACAGCAGCCAGGAGCCACCUUGGACAGGAUUCAUGAAGCGCAGACGAGGGCCGGAGAUGACAAGUACUCCACUCUACGGCGGCUUAAACAGGGCUCCACGAAAACACGACUUGCCUUCUAUGAGGAGCUGUGAGGUGAAAGUACAAUGACAAGCAAUUCCACAAAUAUGUAUUAGUCUAGGACAUGGAAGUGACAAUUUAAAUAAUUUUUUUCUCUACGUAGUUAGCACCUAGGUUUUGAACAAAGCGCAUAAUUUUUAUAUGUUAAUUUUUAAGUCAUUGAUGUUUUAUGGGGAAGAUUUGGUUAUUUUUUUAAUAAUAGUUUAUAUUUCAACAUAAGUUAUAGUGUUACUCGUAUAUUUAAAGUAAUAUUUUACCAUGUUCCUAAAUAUUGAAAAGUAUUAUAAGUCUUCAUGGAGUCAGAUAUUGUAUCAGCAAUUUCAAGAUAUUUUAUAUCCGUGACCCCUUAGUACCGUUCAACCGCUCUACUCAGUUGGUUUAUUUUAAGUGUGUAAUUCAUUAUUACCUAGUUCGGUUUAAAGCAAAAGAAUAAAAAUUAUUAAUUGCUGUAACUCUACGAUUUUAUGAGAGUCGAAUUCAAUACUUUUUUAAUAAAUUCAAUUUACUGAUAGUAACCGAAAUGUAAAAGGGGUUGAACUGUAAUUAUAUGAUCUCUUUUUUAUUUAAAUAUUGGUUAAUGAUUUUUAUAUCUUGUCUUAUCUGCAAAAAUAAUAUUGAUUUAUCUGUGGUCGCGCACGCUAUGCUCAUUUCGCGCCAUUUUGUAACAGUCAAAGUCAAUCCGUAAUGUUAUAAGUGAAAAGCUACACGUAGCUACUUUAUUAUAUCAUUCGUUCAUUCAAAAUUAACAAUUUAAGGGUAUGUUUGACAAUGUAUGGAUAAAGAACCAAAUAGCUAUGCAACACAUACAUUAUUCGGAAUAUAAAAGUUCUGAAUAAGAAACAUCGAAACGCAACCAUACUAUUUAUCCUACCAAUAAGUAUUAAAUAGCUUAUUUAGAACUUUCCCUACAUUGUGAAACAGACCCUAGGAUUGCAACAAUAUCAUAAACUUUAACAUGUUUAUUCUCUAUUAUUUAAGAUCUGCUCUUCUAUAUUAUGAAAUUAUUUAUCCUUUUUGCAAGUCUAUAUAGUGUAGAUUAGGUUUUACCAUUUCGACUAAUAUUAAUAUUUUUAUUCGGAAUCGACAUUUGAAAUAUUGCAUAUUAUUGCCAUAUAUAAUUCGUGUAGCUAUUGUCAAAUCGUUAUAUGUGAUCAUUAAUAUCAGACCAUUCUGUUAUGUACCUUUACAAUUAGUAUAAGUUCAUAAUUAUACUAAACACUUACUAAACAUAAUUAGUAUAUAUAUAUAUGCCUAACAUGGGACAGUAUCCGUAUAAUAAUAAAUAAUAUUUUUAGAACAGCACUUUGCAAGCAUAUUUUGAGCUAAACGGAAGCACAAACAUACAUAAUGUAUAAAAAAAUAUGUAGUAUGACUUAACAAAUGCAAUACGUUUUUAAUAUAACUUUCUUAGCGCUUAAUUUUGACUUUUGUCGAACAGAAACGCAGUUCUUUGUAGUCAAAAACUGAUUUUAUCGUAUUGCCGUAUACGAUCAUAAAGUUUGUACUAGAACCUCUGAAAAAAUGGUUUUAAUUACUCUAACGUCUUGCGGUCCUAAAAUACACGGAUUAACUGAUAGUAAUGAACGGAUCCAAUCAGAUUUCGUCAGCAGACCGUAAACAGGUCGAUGAUCUUUUUUAGUUCGUGCUUUUAAAUGGAGUAAAAUAAUUAUGUAUUUAUAUUUAUUAUGCGUAUGUCUUCCAUACCAAUGGUUAUCUUGUGGCCCUAUUUUUAAAUUGGUAAGUUCCUGAUUUGGCUUAGCCAUUCAUUGAAGCUGGAUAGUUGGUAUUUUUAUUAAAUUUUUCAUGGGGCUACAAUACAAAUAUAUGUUUUAGUAAUUUGAAGGAAUCGUGUAUUUUUGUAAUGAAAUACUUGUGAUGUACGACUUAUGUUCAAUCAAGUGCCUUGCGUAAUAUAGAAACAAUUUUGUAAAUAAAUAUUUAUAAAUUUUUA